UUAACCAAUUCUUAGUAGUUUUUUUUUUAUUAUUUAAAAACCUAAUUAUGGGUAAUAAGUUUUGAUAUGAAGUCAAUCUUAUUUUUUUGUUAUUUUUCCCUAUUUUGAUGCAGACCAAAAAAUAUAGGGAGCGUGUUCUUGGUUUAAUACUUGUAUCUCCCUUUUGCAAAUCUCCUUCUUGGACUGAAUGGUUUUAUAACAAGGUGAUGUCAAAUUUGCUAUAUUUCUAUGGUGUGUGUGGCUUGUUGAAAGAGUGUUUGCUCCAGCGGUACUUCAGCAAGGAAGUUCGUGAUAAUGCUGAAUUUCCAGAAUCAGAGAUAGUUCAAGCUUCCAGAAAACUACUAGAUGAGAGAAAGGGCAUCAAUGUCUUUCGGUUUCUUCAGGUUAUCAAUGAGUAAGAGCUGCUACAUAGUUGUCACUUGCUUCACCAUAUUUAUUUAUUUAUUUUAGGUCCUAUUUGGAUAAACUUAUCCACAAACACUUA